AUGUCGCCGCCACCCGCCACCUCGACUCUCAGCCCUUCUGACGACACAGUCUACACCCAUAAAAUCCUCCUAAUAAUCGAUGCACAAUCCUCCAACUUCCUACCCCCGCCGCACGGUAUCCCCUCCGGUCCGACCCUCCUCCCAACUCUCCACCACAUCCUUUCCCAAGCCCGCUCCGCGUGCGACCCGCCACUCAUCAUCCACACUCGUUGUCCGCCCGAACUCUUUUCUUCCCCAUUGAGUUUGAGCCCCGCCGCGGCGGUACUCUCGGUUUCGCUUGCUGGAAGGGGCAGGUCCAGAGACCAAGAUGGGAUAGGAAGCGGGAAGUUGAACUAUGCAGGUUAUCCUGCUAGUCCUUCGCCUCACAUGCGUACAUCUCCCGGACCGAUAUUACGACCAGCCUCCUCACGUGCCAGCGAUUCCCCUUCACCCAGCCCACUAUCGUCCUCGUCAGCUUCACCGCUCUCAGAAUCCGCCCUAUCGUCAAUAACACCCUCCCCGCCUACUCUCUUGCAUCCUCUCCCAACUCAUGCUCAGCCAUAUCACGUCUCCCACGUCUCCCUUCCAUCAUCUCCGUCCCCGCUUUCACUUGAACCAAACCUCCCGCUCUCACCUCUCGCCUACGAGCCCAUCCUCUCGACUCCGAAAAACAACGCAUUCGUAAACUCGACCCUCGCAUCAUACAUCCCUCCUGGUCCUUCUACGCUCCUCAUCAUAGUAGGAUGCCAGACCGACUUUUGUAUCAGGGCAACCUGUGGUGAGGCUCUGAGCAGGGGCAACGAGGUAUGGCUCGUGAGAGGCGCGCAUGGGACGUUCGAUAGGUUGGACGUGCCGCUGGAGGUCGGGGUGAAGAGGGCGAUGGAUAGAGGAUUGAUGAGAGGCGGUAUGGCACUGGAGAAAACGGAAGCGGGGGUUGUACAGGCUGAGAUUGAGGAGGAGCUGGAGGAGGCGGGGGUUAGGCUUGUUGAGGUGGGGGAUGUGGAUCGUUUGUUCGUUGGUGGCGAGUGAGUCGGUAGCGAUAUGUCUGGCGUGUCUUCGGCUGCAUUGCCACUCGUCGUGGUCAGUGUCUUGUCGUCAUCCUUCCUCUGGUGUGUUAGUCCUCGGUAUUUUUCUCGGUCAUCUUGGUCCUGUGUCAUAUGUAUUCCGAGCGCCACAUUUCUUUCAUUCUUCCUUGUCUAUGUCCCGGUCCCGUCCUCAUCCCCUAUCGCGCUAUCAUACCUCCACAUCCCCCUUCUCUCCUUGUAGUAGUUGCGUCUAGACCCGC